GGAAUUCCGAUUACCGGUCAACAAAACCUUCCCAUAUACACCAAACCCUCUCUAAACCUUGAUUUCAUACAUCUAGACUCUGAGUGAUUUCUUGUGUAUCUUGUCUUCCUCACAUUUCGGGGAAUACGAAUUGUCACUAUAACUUCAAUAACCUCAUGUUUGUAUUGACAUGUUGUGAUUGAUCAUAUAUUCUUUAUCGAUCGAUCAAACAAACCGGCAAAAGUACCUCGAGGCAGUGGAAAAUCGUGGCCACCCAGUCGUACAAUGUGAUCUCGGAUGAGGGCAUAAAUUGCUCAACCGCCUCUUCAUCCAGGUCAUUUUGAAAAGUCUUCAAGCUUCCGGCACCGUUGUCGGCCUCUUCAUUGUAGGGAGUCCUACCAGAGUCCUACCAGAGUCCUACCAGAAACCUCUUUUCUACUUAUUUAAAGGCGUUCGCCAGUGUUCUUGAUAAUCGUUUGAUUCAUCCACCAUGAUGGCUGCCGCCCCAAUGCUUCUAUACUAUCGAUACCCAGCCGACCUCGCUGUGCCGUAUCAACGUUACAGUUCCGCUGCAUAUCCUUCCGUCAAUCUCUAUGACUCCGACAAUGAGCCUCUUCUUUCUCACUCCCAUCGCAUCUCCGCCCUCUCAACUUCUCCUUAUGCCUCACAUACUUACUCUGAACAUAUGUAUGCGGCCCCCUCCUUUCACAGCGCCCCUGUAAGCGAAGAUUCUAUCAUCCCCGCCAUCGUCGUCGAUGUUAUUCCUGCCGAAAGACGUGAUUCUUCUGGCUCAGACAAUAGCCAUAACGAUACCAUUACACAGAAAAAUAGAACAGGUUUAGUCUCAAGACUCGUGAAGAAGAAGAAAGACAAAGGCAAAAAUGGUGGAGAUCAUAAGGAAAAGACGUUGACAAAGGUAGUCUACAUGCCGAAGAAAGAGUACACAAAACAUUUCGCUCGAGGUCACAGUGGUGAAUACAUAGGCACCGAACCUUUUCGUCGCUGGUCGGAAGAAGAAUUGGAGCAAACCUUUGGGAAAUUCAGACCACCGAAGAGAAAUAAUGGAAUGUUCUGGGGACGAGGUUGAUAUUUUUUUGCGCACGUUUUGUUCCUCUUUCGUGUCUGUGAAUGAUUUGGUAUCGGUAAUCGGGAAGACAAGGGAAGAAAGCUUCUGUGCAAUGAAUGGGUCAAAUGAAAUGGCACGGAGUACUAUACCCUGGACUUGAAUUUGGAAUCUGCAACUGGAUA